AUGAACCGCUCAAAGUCCAUAUUAUCCAAUCUCUCCGAGAUGUCUGCGUCGGUCGCCUUUGGUGCUCCAUGGUACCCAAACGCAAACGACUCGGACAGGUACGGCCACCGGUCAUCUGACCGCCGAGCGCCGAGGACGAGGACUUCCUCUCGCGAGAUUGACGACGACUGGUCCGACGAGCCUUAUGGGGACCGCUCUGAGGAGGCCUCGGGCUCCGACAAUGACGAGAGCAAGCAAAAGUUCAAGCGGCGACAGCCCACGACUCCUUCGAUAGACGUUGAUGUAGAUACUGGUGCUGGAUCCAGCUCUUCCGCAUCGACUAGGAGCCGCCCUAUUGCCAUUCCUCGGUCGAGACAAAACAGCGUUGCCUCUACCGUCACGAUACCUGAAGCCCUCUCUGCUCGGGGCGAAAGGCAAGGUGGCUAUUUUCCCUUUCACGAAGAUCCCAAAACUCGUGUGCGACACACUCAUCCUUUCUACUACGAAAUGAAGAAUCAGGAUAUUGCCGCUCCUACGCUAGAGGAUGUGGACACGGGCGCGGACGCAGAUGUGGAUAUGCCCAAGCCCAAGUCUCGAUAUGAGCUGUCCAGCUCUACGCAGGACGAUUCAUACGGGUUCCUAAGCGACGAUGAAGACAGCGAACCCUUCAUACCAGCGUCCAUGGGCAAAUACUACCCUCAAGUCUACGAAAGACGACAGGCCCUGAAGAAGGGAAUUACCCUGCCGGCUCUUCCCACGUCGAGCAGCAGCAAGCCGCCUGGAAGCAAAUCGACAGCUUCCAAGCCUCACAAGCGGCGACCAAGGCCUCGGACGCCCGUCAUUGUGCCUCGACCUAUAGCCACCACCGAAUUCAUUCCACCUUUUCAGCUGGAGUCGGCAGAGUAG